AUGACAUCGUCCAAGGUGGCUGCCGGCUUCUUCGAGUGGACGCGUCCCGUUCCUCGCGAGCAGUGGGAUCCUCGUGACCCGGGGCUGCUGCAGGCGGCCAAGCCAUACGAGCAGGUUGAGCAGCUCAUCGGAUACAACUUCCGAGACAAGGGUUUCCUUCUCAUGGCGUUCACCCACGGAACGCUGCCCGCGUCCCAGCGCAUAGUUCAGGCCACCAUGGAGCCCAUGGACGAGCUCGGCGACGCGCUGCUGAAGUACUUCCUGGCUGCCAAGCUGUACGGCAGCAUAGAGCCGCUGUGUCCACGCUCGCUUCACGAAGCGAGAUCGCACGUCGUCGCCAACUACUCGUUCGCCCUCGCCGUUGUCCGCCACGGGUGGCACCGGCUACUACGAACCGGAUGCGCCCGUCUCAACGACGACAUCGUCAGAUACGUUCGCAGCGUAGAGAAUGCGGACUACCCGGGCGACCCCGCAAAUGCGCCGCCCAAAGUCCUGGCCAACGCAUUUGGGGCGCUGUGCGGCGCCGUCUACUUGGACUCGAACCUCGACAUGGCCGCCUCCUGGCAUGCCGUCUAUCCGCUGCUGCAACCUCACGUCGACUACGAGGUUGCAGCAGUCGCCGCCAAGUCGGCGUUGUACUUUUUCUGA